UGGUUGGGAAAGGGAGCAGCGAUGUACAGCAGCUGGUGCCUGAGUGGCCUCCUCUGGCUCCAGCUGUCAAUGCCCCGCAGCUCCCAGACCCUGCCAGCCCCGAGCUGGGACACCAUUGACUCCCGGCCCUUGCCCCCCUGGUAUGACCAAGCUAAGUUUGGCAUCUUCAUUCACUGGGGAGUGUUCUCAGUGCCCAGCUUCGGCAGUGAGUGGUUCUGGUACUACUGGCAGAAAGAGAAGUUGAAACCCUAUGUUGAGUUUAUGGAGAAAAAUUAUCCUCCUGGAUUUACUUACGCAGACUUUGCCCCCAUGUUCUCUACUUCCUUCUUUGAUGCAACCGAAUGGGCUGAACUACUGAGUGCCUCAGGGGCCAAGUAUGUAGUUCUGACCUCUAAACACCAUGAAGGCUUUACGCUAUGGGGAUCAAAGUACUCAUGGAAUUGGAAUGCGGUUGACUCAGGUCCUCACCGUGACCUUGUUGGAGAGCUGGCCCAUGCUGUCAGAAACCGGACAAAGCUGAGAUUUGGCCUGUACCAUUCCCUCUUCGAAUGGUUUAACCCGGACUUCCUGGAAGAUGCUGCCAAUGUGUUCACAACCAACAAGUUCCCCACAACCAAAAGCUUACCUGAGCUGUACGAAAUUGUGAACAAAUAUCAGCCAGAAAUCCUCUGGUCUGAUGGAGAUGGUAAUGCACCCGACACCUACUGGAACAGCACUGGCUUCCUGAAUUGGCUGUAUAACCACAGCCCAGUCGGGAAGACAGUUGUAACUAAUGACCGCUGGGGAUAUGGCACAAUCUGUAAACACGGUGGCUACUAUACAUGUACUGAUCGCUAUAACCCUGGCCACCUGCUGGCCCACAAGUGGGAGAAUUGCAUGACCAUCGACCGGAAAUCCUGGGGAUACAGAAGAGAUGCAAAACUCAGCGAUUAUCUUUCAAUAGAAGAACUGGUGAAG